UUGAUAUUUGCAUUCAUUUCUUGUUCAGGUUUUAUAGUAGACAAUACCAUUGUGUGUUUUGAUAGAUUCAUAAUUUUUGAUUGAUCGAAAGACAAGCCAUGGAAUUCUACUGGAUAGCGAUGCUAAUGCUGGUGCUACAAGGAGUUGAUGGAAAACAUUUGGUACAAAAAAACUUAAAGCUUGACUCUUCUCCAGAACGUUCUUCUGAAGAGAAACACAAUACCAACUCUUGUAAAAUAGAGAACCAGCAGACAGCCCACGAAUCCCGUUGUGAUCUGUAUUAUAGAUGUGUAUAUGGCGUUAAAGUACAAAAGGAAUGUCCCGCAGGGAAGUUAUUCAAUACUCAGAUCUCAAACUGUGAUAAUAGUUAUAACGUAGAUUGUAAUAAUCGCAUACAUAACAAUGUUAAUAAGUUGGUUGUACGCAGUUUUGAUUUUUAUGAUCCCGAUGAAACCACCACUUUAGACUUGAGCGACCAAGAAGUUUCAGUAGAAAGUGGCGAGUGUCCCGAAAAGAAAGACCCGUACGAACCUUCUGCACUUCUACCUCACGAAGAAAGUUGCAACCAUUUCUAUAAAUGUAUCAACGGCAAAAAGGUGUUGAUGAAAUGUCCCAAACCCUUCCAGUUCAACUUCAAAGUUUCAGCCUGCGACUGGCCACAAAAUGCUAGGUGUUACAACAGAAAAAUAGAUACUACGACGGUUCAUUGAACUACAUCAAUGAGGAAUAAGUGGGAAAUUGACAAAGUGACUGUAAAUGAAUCACCUAGUUACUUAAUAGGUAACCAAAGACUGUGAUUUGAACAGAGUUUGAGAGCGGUAUAAAGAACUGUAAAUUAUUUAUUAUGUAAAUAUAAUUAUUUUGUAAUUUAA